UAUUCAUCUCUGUUUUAAUAGGGACCUCACCUACUGAAAUGAAUGUAACAUACAUCACUCUUAAUGGCUAUGUAGAGAUCGAAAAAUACAGAUAUGUUUACUUUCUUAUAAUGUUUUCAAGUUAUAUUUUGAUCCUGUCCUGUAAUACUACAGUGGUUUAUGUGAUUGUGAUUCACAAAAACCUCCAUGAGCCUAUGUAUAUUUUUAUUGCUGCUUUGUUAAUAAACUCCAUGCUUUUCAGCACUGCUGUCUACCCAAAGCUGUUGAUAGACUUUUUAUCUGAAAAACAGGUUAUAACUUAUCAGGUGUGUAUCUUCCAGACUUAUUUAUUUUAUUCUUUAAGUGGUUCUGAAUUUAUGCUAUUAGCAGCCAUGUCUUAUGACAGAUAUGUGUCCAUCUGUAAACCUCUGCAAUAUCCAACUAUUAUGAGAAAAACAACAGUGAGUGGUUUCCUUGUUUUAGCUUGGCUUGUACCUGCUUGUCAUAUUGGUGCGGGCAUGAUUCUAUUUGCUCAUUUGAAACUCUGUAGCUUUACUUUAAAAGGCAUUUUUUGCAACAAUUCUGUGAAUUAUCUUCUCUGUGUGGUUUCAAGAGCACUAUUGAUAUACGGCUCAGUUGCUCUAUUCAACAUUGCUCUUCUUCCAAUGCUUUUCAUACUAUACACUUACACAAUGAUACUUAUAGUGGCCUACAAAAGUUGUGGGGAAGUCAGGAAAAAAGCUGCACAGACAUGUUUACCUCACCUGUUAGUUUUGAUCAACUAUUCUUGUUUGGUUACUUAUGAUGUGAUUGUUGUUGUACUGGAAUCUGACAUUUCAAAAACUCUACGUUAUGUGAUAACACUGUAUAUAAUAAUGUGCAGUCCUCUAUUUAAUCCAAUCAUAUACGGACUCAAAAUGAAAGAAAUUUAUAAACAUGUUAAAAGUUUAUUCCACUAA